AUGGACCUGCUGGAAGGCCUAGACGACCCCCCGAGCCCCCAGGACGCACAUGUGAGCGCCGCAGAGGCGCCGUCGGGCGCACUGCAGCAGCGCCUCCACGCGCUGCUGCAGUGCGCCCCUAGAUCGCGGCCGUCCGCGUUGCCGCUGCUCCCGGAGCUGCAUGAGGCGCUCGCAGCGGGCCAGCUGGAUCUAGGCACGCUCGGACAGCUGCUGCCCGUGCUGCGCGACGAGGCUGCGGACGUCUACCGCCAGCUGGAGGCGCGCUACCGCCCGGUGUUCCCCGAGCUGGCCGAGCUGGUGCCGAGCCAGCGCACGUACGUGCGCGUGCUGCGCGCGCUGGAAACGGGCGCACCGCUGGACGAGCUGCUGACGCGCGAGCAGGCCAUGCUUGUCGCGAUGACGCGGCCGCAGGCGCCGCGCGCGGACCCCGCGCGCUGGCCGCGCGAGCUUGCGCCGCACGCAGACCGCCACGAGCAGCUGCACACGGCCGUCGACGCAAUCGACGCGCACAUCGUGCGCCAGGCACACCGCCUCGCGCCCACCGUCACCGCCCUCGUGGGCCCCGUCGUCGCCGCGGCCCUGCUGUCCCACGCCGGCAGCGUGCGCGAGCUCGCGCAGGUCCCCGCCUGCAACCUCGCCGCCAUCGGCGCGCCGCGCCACGCCGCGCACGCGCGCCGCACCGACGCCUCGGGCGUGCGCCUGCGCGGCCACGUCUGGGACACCCCGCUGGUCCAGGAGCAGCCGCCCGCGCUGCAGCGCCAGGCCCUGCGCAUGUUGUGCGCGCGCCUCGCGCUCGCCGCCCGCGUCGACGCCUCUGCGCCCGACCCCGCGCUCGCCGCGCGCUGGCGCGCAGACAUCCUUGCCCGCAUCGCUGCGCGCGCCGCGCCGCCCGCGCCCGCGGCCGCCGCCCCGCUGCCCGUCCCCGCCGACGCCAAGCCGCGCCGCCGCGCCGGCCGCCGCUUCCGCGCCCACCGCAGCAAGUUCCGCCUCUCUGCUGCGCGCCAGCUCCAGAACCGCGCGGCCUUCGGCGUCCCGGAGCGCACCGCUGUCGACGGCUUCGGCGAGGAGAUCGGCCUCGGGCUGAGCGGCGCGCCCGCCGCCCCGCCGCCCCGCUGA